AUGGGUUAUCCAAUGAAGGAUGCUGUCUAUCGUACAAAUCAUGGUUAUGAUGAAACCAUUCGUAAAUAUGAAUGGGAGCCAUCCAUCCCAAAUGAUGAUUCUUGGACUCGUUACAUGUUAUUCUAUACAUCAUUUAGCUAUUAUGAAAUAUCAAUCUCUGAUCUUGAAGCCAUCAACAUCACUUCAAUUUUAGCUUAA